GCGGGAGGGAGAAUCUUCGGUCUUGGGUCCCCAUUGUUGGCGAACCCUAACUUUUGUUAGAACCCGGGGUUGCCCCUGCGGCUGCCCUUUCCGGGGUGGGGGAAAGUUCCUGGGUCUGGGGGCUGCCGAGGCGCUGGCGGCCCCUUUUUAUACUGUCAGUCUCUUCUGCUGCUGCACCCGGGCCUGGCGGUUCCCAGCCCGGGAGUCGGGUGUCCUGGGUAGCUCGAGGACACAGGAGCUGGGCAGGUGCCGAGAACCCGCCGCCUCUGCCCUCCCCGUCCUCGCCUCCUGGCUGCCCUGCCCGGCCGAGGUUCUGACUGCCAGAGCGAGGGGCCUCCGGAGACUACGUGCGGUCGCCGGCUCAGCUCGCGCCCACGCCUUCUGCUCCACUUGCCGCCCCAACCGAGCGGAAAAGCCGGGGCAAGCUGCGGGCCCGGGAGGCAGAGCGCUUCAGCACUGCACCCGGAGCUUGGCCGUGCACCUUUCCGCCCACAGACCGCUCAGUUCCCCUGCAAACUCCAGCCAGACGGAAUCCCGGACUGACGUUGCAGGGACACUGGGUUCCCUAGGAGCCACCUCUGGCUUAAUGAUUGUCCAGAAGGCAGCUAUAAAGGGAGCCUAGGAGGCCGGGUGGAGGAGGGAGCAGAAAAAAAAAAAAAAAAAAAACUCAACUCAGCAGAUCUGAGCACUGAGAGCUGCAAGCAAGAGCUGUGGUCGGAGGCUGUGUCCUGGACGACAGGGACUGCUCUUUUCUACCAUGGCAGCCCAAAGCUAUGGCUAUUACCGCGCUGUGAUCUUCUCAGCCAUGUUUGGGGGCUACAGCCUGUACUACUUCAACCGCAAGACCUUCUCCUUUGUCAUGCCAUCAUUGGUGGAGGAGAUCCCUUUGGACAAGGAUGAUUUGGGGCUCAUCACCAGCAGCCAGUCAGCAGCCUAUGCCAUCAGCAAGUUUGUGAGUGGGGUGCUGUCCGACCAGAUGAGUGCUCGCUGGCUCUUCUCCUCGGGGCUGCUCCUGGUUGGCCUGGUCAACGUAGUCUUUUCCUGGAGCUCCACAGUACCUGUCUUUGCUGCGCUCUGGUUCCUUAAUGGCCUGGCACAGGGGCUGGGUUGGCCCCCUUGUGGGAAGAUCCUGCGGAAGUGGUUUGAGCCAUCUCAGUUUGGCACUUGGUGGGCCAUUCUGUCAACCAGCAUGAACCUGGCUGGAGGGCUGGGCCCUAUCCUGGCAACCAUCCUCGCCCAGAGCUACAGCUGGCGCAGCACGCUGGCCCUGUCUGGGGUACUGUGUGUGGUUGUCUCCUUCCUCUGUCUCCUGCUCAUCCACAAUGAACCUGCUGAUGUUGGCCUUCGUAACCUGGACCCUACCCCCUCCAAGGGCAAGAAGGGCUCCUCGAAGGAAGAGAGUACCCUACAGGAGCUGCUGCUGUCCCCCUAUCUGUGGGUGCUCUCCACUGGCUACCUUGUGGUGUUUGGAGUAAAGACCUGCUGUACAGACUGGGGCCAGUUCUUCCUUAUUCAGGAGAAAGGACAGUCUGCCCUUGUGGGUAGCUCCUAUGUGAGUGCCCUGGAGGUUGGGGGCCUUGUAGGCAGCAUUGCAGCUGGCUACCUGUCAGACCGGGCAAUGGCAAAGGCGGGGCUGUCUGUCUAUGGGAACCCUCGCCAUGGCCUAUUGCUGUUCAUGAUGGCUGGCAUGACAGUGUCAAUGUACCUCUUCCGGGUAACAGUGACCAGUGACUCCCCCAAGGAUGUUGCUUUCUGGACUCCAGCUCUCCACCCUCUUGCUGAGCUCACAGGCUUUACGGAGCACGAGAUCUGGAUCCUGGUGCUGGGAGCUGUUUUUGGUUUCUCCUCUUAUGGUCCCAUUGCCUUGUUUGGAGUCAUAGCCAAUGAGAGUGCCCCUCCCAAUUUGUGUGGCACCUCUCAUGCUAUUGUGGGACUCAUGGCCAAUGUGGGCGGAUUUCUGGCUGGGCUACCCUUCAGCACCAUUGCUAAGCACUACAGUUGGAGCACAGCAUUCUGGGUAGCUGAAAUGAUAUGUACGGCCAGCACAGCUGCAUUCUUCCUGCUCCGAAACAUCCGCACCAAGAUGGGCCGAGUGUCCAAGAAGGCGGAGUGAAGAGAGUGCAGGCUCUGGAGCACCCUCUCAUCUAUGGCCUCCCUUUGUAUAGUGGGGUACAGAAAGGGAGUGUUCCCUUUGGCUAGCACUCAAGCUUUGAUUUUGUUUCUGCGCCUUCUCUCUCACCCAGGUGGCAUUGGAAGUUAUCAGUAGCUAAUGAGGUCCCAGCUCCCCAUCCUAUGCUUUAUUUAAAAGAUAACUUUUGUUCUUGGACUCCAUUUGCUCCUAUUUCCUGCCUUCAAAGGAACAGGAAAUUCCUGCAGUCAGGUGUCUCCUGUAUCAUUCUUCCUCUCCUGGGCCCUACCCUGUCCCUAUCCUGCCCAUCCCCACCAAAAGUGAGGCUAUCCCUAUAGCUGUAAGGCACCAAUAACUUGUGACUUCUGCUCUGCCCUAAGGCCUCUCAGCUGUGGGCAGUAGCUAUAACCAAUACCUCAGGUCCCCAGUGAAAGACAGAAGGCCGCCAUUCUCAUCAAUAGCUCGAGUAAAGUACAGGAUACGGAUGGAAGGAUCAGAUGACUUGUAGAUUAAAACUAGAUUUGAUACUAAACAGUUAACUCAUUCUUUCAAAAGGGGUAAUAAAAGCUGAGGUGGUUUUUCUUGGGAAAUUACUUAUCAGUACCUACUCUUUUCAUCCCAAAUGGAAAGAUUUCAUUUCUCUGGAGUGGGAAAGCUGAAGCACAGAUGGAUACCAUUAAGCUUAUGUCUCCGAUGCUUUCAGUUGAACACUAUGUAAUUUAAUAAUCAUUUUAGAGAUGAAACUGGUGGUUGCAGGCAGGUUAUAUAACUUGAUGGAGGGGGACGGUAUGACAGUGUUUCACUGAUAGUCAAUUCUGGGACUAGAAUCAAGGUUUGUGAUUCAAAGUGUUGCAUCAACACAUAUGUUAUAAUUUCUGCCAAAAUAUAGGAUUUCAACUUCCCAGAAUUCCUUUACUAUUUCUGCUUCCUUGAGCCCUUCCCCCAAGACUGUCAGGCAGGACAGCAAACACUGGAUCAAAGGAAUGUUUAUUAUAGCACUUAUGGACUACCUCCUCCAUAAAUAAAUCUGUACAGAGUUGGGAAGUAGGACCAUAACAUAUACAGAAAGGAAGAGAGCAUACCAUUAAGGCUCAGGGAUCAGUAUAAGACAUCAGCAUCCUCCCAUUUUCAAGUACACUAUCAAGGCUGCUGGGACCUCUGCUGGAGUGGAA